AUGAAUCGUAAAUCAACGACUAUUAAAAGUGUUCGACAAAUACCUGCAAACAAUGCACAGCGUCAUACGACUGCAGAUGAAAAACCAAGAAGCAAACGUCCAGUUAUUCGAGAGACACUUAGUGAAUCGUAUCGUUUAGUUUGGCUAGCUGAAGAUGAAACGAGUAAUAUAAUCCCAGUAGCAAACGUUCGAAGUGUUGCCAAUGAUUUUAAACACUUUCAAAAUGCUAAAGAAUGCAUCGAAUAUUUAAAACAAUCUGAAAAUACGAUAUUCCUUGUUUGUUCAGAGAAAUUCGGACCAUUGAUUGUUCCAGAAGUUUAUCAAUUGAAACAUAUUUGGUCUAUUCACAUUUAUAAUAAUGAUAUACAAAAUAACCCGCACUUUGUUCACUCGUAUAGUCAAGUUAAAAUUAUUUUCGCUAAAACCAGUCACUUGUUAGAAUCUUUAACAAAAGACGUUCAACAGUAUUUAAAACAGGAGAAAUUUGCAGCAGUCAUGGGCACAGAAAGUCAGGGUAAUACAGCGGAAUGGUGUGAUGAUUGGUGGUUACGUUACAUUCAUCUUCUUUGUUAUCUUCCUUAUCCAGAAGAUUAUCGACUUCAAAUUAUUCCUUUAUUGAGAGAUUACUACGACGGAGUAUCAUCAAAAUUGGCUACUGUCGAUGAAUUGGAAAAGAAUUACAAAUCCGAGAAUGUUAUUUGGUGGUAUACACGCGCAACAUUCUUCUGUGAACUGUUAAACAGAGCAUGUCGGCAGCAUAACAUUGAAUUAUCGUUCCUAUUCGGACCAUACGUUCAAGAUAUUUAUCAGCAAUUAAAGAAGGAAAGUGAUGCUUUUAAAGAAAAACGAUCCUCGGAAACGCCUAAAAUGCAUGUUUACCGUGGACAAGUGAUGCCAACGUAUGAAUUCAACCAUCACAUAGCUAGUAAUGUGAUGAAUAAUUCUCUAUUAUCAACAAGUCUUAAUCGUAAGAAAGCAUUGGAAUUUAUUAGUUUAGGAACUAUGAAAGAUGAUUACAUUCGAGCUUUAUUUGAAAUUGAAAUUGAUUUGAACGAAAUUACACGUCCUUAUGCGUUGAUUUCACACCUGAGUGAAAUUCCAUAUGAAGAAGAAGUUUUAUUUAUGAUCGGAACUGAUUUUCGAGUUCAACCAGAUUCCUUAGAGUACAACGAUGAAGAUAAAGUCUGGGUGAAGAAACUCCGUUUAUACAAUUAUCAUAAAAUCAAUGACAUAAAUAAACACGAUCCAUCAGCAGCUAUAAAAAACUACAAUGACGCUUUAAAAUUCUGGUCAGAAUAUGUUACGGAUAGUGAGAUGAACUGUUUCCGUGACAUCGCAAAGAUCUAUUGCAAUCUCGGGGAGUGCUAUCAUACACAUAAGAAAGACGUGAAAACAGCUCUCAUAAAUUACAGAUUAGCAAUUACAAAUUAUCAAUUAGCGAUUCCGCUCGCAAGAGAUGACUAUGAAAAAACAUCAUUAUUGGAACAAUUAACUGAUGUUUAUAGUUUAAAGAUGGAUAUUAAAACAAAUGAAAACGAAAGUAAACAAGAUUAUGCUGAAUUUAUCAAAUGUAAACAACUAUCUGGUGAAAAUAUGUUGAAAUACACAUCAUUGAACGAUUCAUCGUUUCGCGAUCGUUUAAUGGAACCUGGUUGGAUUUAUGCAUCAAAUCGUAAAUAUGAUGAAGCUUUGAAUAUAUAUGAACAUGUGAUAGACAUCUACCUAAAAGAAUCGGAAUUAGAUUAUGAUUGGAUUAUUCGAAAGGUUUCUGACGUAAUUGAGAUUUAUACCGAGCGAAAAAAUGAUUAUAAUUCAGCAUUAAAAUAUCAAUUGAUCAAACAUGAAUGUACAUUAAAACAAAAUCAAGCAAAUUUGACUGAUAGUUAUGACAAAUCACAGCGGAAAAAGCGUUAUAUUGCUGAUGAACAAGUCGAAUUAGCAGAUUUAUACACAAAAUUGCAUUGCUAUAAAGAAGCACAUGAACUCUAUGAUGCAGCACUGAAAUUACGACAAGAAUUAUCAGAUAGGUUCGUUCGUCAUGAAGAGAUACAAGACAUUCAAGAGAAAAUUGAAUCCAUUCGAAACAACAUAGAAUCGUAA